AUGAACUCAGGAAGAGCUCUAGAAGACUUGCGGGCAGCUCUAUUUAAUGAAUUUCGCUCAUCUGAAGGUGCAAAGCGUCAACAACAACAACUAUGUGGCCCUGCUACUGCUCUUACAUUCAAUUUUGUGCUCAAAGUUGUUGGGUUCCAGUUUCCUAUAUUUCUCACUUUUAUCCACUAUGUCGUUAGCUGGUUUUUGAUGGCCGUUCUAAAUGCUCUGUCUAUCCUCCCUGCGUGUCCCCCAAAAUCGACCCGCUUAUCUACGUUAUUUACUCUUGGUUUUGUUAUGGCCUUUUCUACUGGCCUUGCUAAUGUUAGUUUGAAGUACAAUAGUGUGGGGUUUUAUCAGAUGUCUAAGAUUGCGGUUACUCCUUCAAUUGUUCUCGCAGAAUUUUUAUUGUACAAUAAGAGAGUUUCUUUCUCCAAGGAUAGAAAAUUGGUGUCAGCAUUAGCAUGGAUAAUACCAAGUGCAGUCAACAAGAUUCUUUGGUCUAGUCUGCAACAGCAGGAAAAUUGGACAGCCUUGGCGUUAAUGUGGAAGACAACGCCAAUCACCUUAUUUUUCCUUGUUGCACUAAUACCCUGGUUAGAUCCACCUGGUGCCCUCUCAUUCAAUUGGAACUUUAAUAACACCUUGGCAAUUCUCAUGUCAGCUAUUCUUGGCUUCUUGCUUCAGUGGUCAGGUGCUCUAGCACUUGGAAUACUGCUUCCAAUGCUACAACGCAGCAGUGGUUCAAAUUUUAAGUCCAUGAUGCAAAGCACAUUGGAGUAUAAUCUAUGGCAACAAUCAACAACAUUAUUAAAGAGUGCAACAGCUGAUAUGGGCAACAAUGGGAGGGCCACAUCUGCUGUUACACAUGUUGUUCUUGGUCAAUUCAAAACAUGCGUCAUUCUUCUAGGAAACUACUACCUCUUUAGUUCGAAUCCAGGCAAGACGAGUAUUUCUGGGGCUUUCACAGCAAUUGCUGGAAUGUCUAUUUACACUUACCUUAAUUUGAAGCAGCAAUCGAGCAAAGCUCCACGACAAGCCUCUUCUUUGCCAAAAUCAAAACUGAGUAAAGAAAAUGGCAGCAUCCAUGAAGGAAACUAUGGUUCUGAAUCUGUCUAA